AUGAAAACCCGCAACGAAGAGCUCGAUAAAAGCGCUAGCGAACAAAAAACUUUCGCUAAAAGGGCUGAAAAAAAGGCCCCUAUCGAGCACGUCAUUGGCAAGCCCGCGUCCUCGAUAACUUGGAAGCUUUCGAAGAAUACUUCUUUACAGAACGCCAACGGACCGUUCGAGGUUACCGACAACGUCUACAGCAGCUUCAAACUCAAGCUCCCCGAUUCAAUGAAGGUUCACCUAGUCUUCUACUCCGGACGAUUACGAAAAGCUUUUAAUGACCCCACCUCCGGGCAAAUCAUUCUUGAACCUGACUCGAUUAAUAUCACUAGCGAACUUGAGUACGAAGUGGAGAACAUCUUAGCCGUACGCUAA